UUAUGUUUUCAUCAUUAAUUAAUCAUGGUUUUUUCUAAACAUAUAAGAGUUGAUUCAUCUUUGUAUUUUCAUAUGAUCUUAGUACUCACAAUAUUCUUCACAAGAAAAAAAAAGUAUUCACAGUGUUAUUUGACAACAAAUAAUAUAUUAUCUUGUUGAAUAUAAUUCUCCUAUCUAUAUAUCUCACACUUCCAUUCGAGAUAACGUUUAUUUAGGAUCUCCACAGAAGUAGCAAACAGCCAAAGUUACAAAUAUGCUUCUGAGAAGCUCAUCAACUCCUGUUUCACAAACUAUUUUGGUAGAAAGUAAAAAAAAUGACUUUGAUGGUACCUCUUCUGAUCACUAUAAUAUUGGAAAGGUGUCAUUUCACACUCCAAAUCAUUUGGGUUCUUUCUCAUGUAACUCUUCACCUGAGAAAUUUAUCCCAAAAAGAUCAAACAACAAUCCUGGUCGAAAAUUAUCGCCUCGGAGAGUUCAAUCAGAAGGGAACUUAAAAGUGUUUGUGUCAAAAUGUGAUGUUGAUGAUGUUUAUAGAAAAGGGUUGGUGUACUCAAAAUGUGAUCUUGAUGAAGUUUGGUUGGUGUCAGAAUGUGAUCUUGAUGAGGUUUGUAGGAAAGGGUUGGUGACAAAAUGUGAUGUUGAUGAGGUUUGGUUGGUGUCACAAUGUGAUCUUGAUGAAGUUUACACUAAGUUGGUUGCAAAAUCUGAUCUUGAUGAAGUUUGUAGGACAGGGUUAGUGUCGAAAUCUGAUCUUGAUGAGGUUUGUAGGACAGAAUUGGUGUCGAAAUCUGAUCUUGAUGAAGUUUGUAGGAAAGGAUUGCUGUUGAAAUCUGAUCUUGAUGAAGUUUGUAGGACAGGACUGGUGUCGAAAACUGAUCUUGACGAAGUUUGUAGGAAAGGAUUGUUGUCGAAAUCUGAUCUUGAUGAAGUUUGUAGGAAAGGAUUGGUGUCGAAAUCUGAUCUUGAUGAAGUUUAUAGAUCGAAGGUACUUCCACGAUCAUGUCACAACCAAGAGAAGAACAUAAUGUUGCAAACAGAACUAUCGUUUUCUAUUUAUAGCAAUCAAGAUUUCGAGGAGAUGAUUAACGAUGGGAAACUGGUGAGGGCUGUUACUAUAGGCAACGAGAUAGAAGAUUUAUCGAGUGAUGAUUUUAGCUUUGGGAAAAGCGUCAUGGGACUUAUCAAGGAAGACGAUGAUAAUGAAGAUUGCGAUGAGAAAGAAGACACAGAAUUUAAAGAAGAAAGUAAACCAGUUGGUCCAAUGUACCUUGCUGCUGGACUAGGGAUCGAUGUUAAUGUUAGUGGCAUCGAUGGUGAUGUUAAGUCUCUCACUGAGGGCGGGCUGAUGAGGGCGGGUCAUGGUGCUGACGCUGAACCUUCAAGUUUUGAUGAAAAUGGAGAUGUCGAGGAGUAUUAUAAGAGUUUGCUUGAAGAAUAUCCUUUCAAUCCUUUGGUCUUGACGAAUUACGCUCAACUUCUGCAGUCAAGAGGAGAUCUUUCCGGGGCAGAGGAAUAUUACCUUCGAGCUACUCUAACAGAUCCAAAAGACGGGGAGAUCUUGUCGCAGUAUGCUAGAUUAGUGUGGCAGCUGCACCGUGAUAAAGAUAGAGCGUUGAACUACUUUGAACGCGCUGCUCAUGCUGCUUCAGACAACAGCCAUGUCCUUGCAGCGUACGCUAGUUUUCUUUGGGAGAUCGAUCAUGAUGACAACGACCACACAGAUACACCACGUGAUGAAAACAAGGAAACCGGAGAAGUUGCUGCAUCACACGACAUGGAUUUUGAACGAGAUGACAGACACACUAUCCCUCUACUGAAUCUUUCUGCCGGAUUUGGGAUUGACAGUACUUGCGGAUUUAGUCGUGGCAUGACUCUGAAUGAGCUUAUAGCGGCCGAGGGUUACUACACGAGUAUGAUUCAAGAAAAUCCAAAUAACCCCUUAGUUUUAAGAAACUAUGCUCAGUUUCUUGAUCAGUGUAAAGGAGACUUAAUCGGAGCUGAAGAAUACUACUCGCGUGCUGUAUUAGCAGAUGCUAGCGAUGGAGAAGUUAUUUCGCAGUACGCAAAUUUUAUAUGGCAACUUCAUCACGACCAAAAUAAAGCAUCGUCUUACUUCAAAAGAGCAGUUCAAGCUUCACCAAGAAACAGCGACGUACUUGCAGCGUACGCUAGAUUCCUGUGGGACACGAAUGAGGACGAGGACGAGAACGAGGACGAACACGAACCAUCAGACAACCACAUAUACACAUUUCCAUAUUUUCAUGGAAUUAUGGCUGCUCCAAAUGCUUAAUAAUGUACAAGAUGGAGAAUCGAACUUUCACCAAUAACGUGAAACUUCACGUAGCCAACUCAACUGAGCUACUAACAUUCUCCUUUUAGGAUUUUUUUUUUAAAUAGUCGUUGCCGUAUGAAAUAUACGGCAACGUUUUUGUAUAGUCACAAUGGUUCGAUUGCUUAAGUACUGUAUUAUCAGCACUUAAGCAUACGGUUCAAACCAUUGCUAUAUACUGUCUAUAUAUAGCAACGGUUGUAUCGCCAUUGUAAUAAGUACCAUUGUCAUAGGUCCAGUUUCUAGUAGUGUCAUUUUGAAAUAACUUCAGACAUAUGAUGUCUGAUGUUAAACUGCUGGCGUAACUGUCUGAAGUUACACGUAAUUGAAUUUCAAGCAUAAAUGACUGAAGUUCGAGAAAAAAUUUAUCGACACUAAAUAACAAGCUACAUAAAUUCAUAGUAUUUAUCGAUGCUAAUGAAAAUAUAUCUACUUUCUAU